AUGGCCGAAGUUUCUGAUUCAAAUACAAAGCGCAUUCUUUAUGUCAAUGGUUUUGAACUCAACCAAAUCCAUGAUUUCCAGUCAAACUAUGUAAGCACGACCAAAUACAACCUAGUGACCUUUUUCCCACUGAGUCUUUUGGAACAAUAUAAAAGACUUCCAAAUGUGUAUUUCCUCAUCAUUGUAAUUCUUCAAUCGAUUCCUCAAAUUACUCCUUUAAGGUCUUGAUCAGGCUUGGUAGCAGUUGUUUUUAUUUUGGCAGUUAGUAUGAUUAGAGAAGGGUUUGAAGACUACUUGAGGUAUAAAUCAGACAAAGAAACGAACUCAGCUAAGACUAUGAUUUACCGGAAUGGGAAAUUUGAAGAAGCCACCUUUAAAGAAGUGCAAGUGGGGAAUGUAGUUUUAGUGCAGAAAGAUGAAGCUUUUCCAUGCGACCUAGUAAUGCUUUCUUCUUCGGCUGAUAAUGGAAUCGCCUAUAUUGAAACGUCAAGCCUUGAUGGAGAAAAAACUUUAAAGCCGAGGCAAGCGGUCAUUGCUACAAUGAAUGACACGAGAAAGGACGAUAUAAUUAGGAUUUUUUCACUUAUUGAGUGUGAGCAUCCCAAUGCAAGGCUUUACCACUUUUCAGGGUCUUUGGAGUACAAUGAUAAAAAGCAGCCUCUAGACAAAAACAACUUACUGCUAGCAGGAGCGUUUCUGAGAAACACUGCAUGGAUAGUUGGAGCAGCUGUCUACACUGGAAAAGAGACAAAAUUAAGGCAAAACCUCAUGUCGAGAAAAUCAAAGCAGAGCUUUAUUGAAAGAAAGACUAAUCAAUAUAUUGUAGGCAUUUUGGCAGCCCAGACUGGAUUUUGUGUUAUUAUGGCUAUUUUAUAUGGAGUGUGGAGCUAUCAAGAAUACGAUGACCACUACUACUUGUCAGAUCCUGACUACAGCGCAGGUCUUCAAGGCUUCUUGAACUAUUUUACUUACUUUUUACUUUUAAAUACUAUGCUUCCAAUUUCAUUAAUUGUCUCCUUGGAAAUUAUAAAAAUUGCACAAGGAUUCUUUAUGCAGCAAGAUCUGGAGAUGUACAGUACUAUCAGAGACCGCCCCUGCCACGUAUCUGCAUUCUCGUUAAAUGAAGAGCUUGGAAUGAUUGAGCAUAUUUUUUCUGAUAAAACCGGCACUUUGACAUCUAACAGGAUGCAAUUCAAGCUGUGCACUGUGGGGAAUAAAAUGUAUGGAGAGAAGCAAUUCUUAAUCAGUCGACAAUACAGCUCAAAAGUGACUAGACAAACCAAAGAAAUUAUUUUUACAUUUAAGGUUGAAGAAAUAGAGAAUGAUUUAUAUGGAAAGGAUGGAGACGCUCCAUUGAGCUCUCCGGUGGUUAUGGAGAUGUCUUAUGGAAAAGAAGGACUUUAUAGCCAGAAAGAGCUGCUUGACCAAUUUGUCAAGUGUAUGUCGAUUUGCCACGAAUGCUUAAUUGAAGAAAAUGAAAAUAAAGAAAGCAAUUAUAUAGGCCAAAGUCCAGAUGAAAUCGUACUCGUUGAUUUCGCUGCACAUAUAGGCUACAAGUAUGAUAAGCUAAAAGCAGGAAUUAUGGAUAUAAAGAGACUUCACUUUGGCAUGGAAGAUCAAUGCGAUUUACUACGGUUUGAAAAAUGUGCUACGCUGGAAUUCAAUUCUGACAGAAAAAGAAACUCGGUUAUAGUUAAAGAUUUGCAGACCAAUAAAAUGAUUCUUUACACAAAAGGUGCAGAUAGCGAGAUAAAGAAGCGUUUAUCUCAGGAAAAUCUUAAAGCUUAUCUUGAUAAGGUUUCUAAUGAUUUACAGACAUAUUCAGAAAGAGGAUACCGUACACUGAUGUUUACGUAUAAAAUAUUAGAGGAAGCAAACUAUAUAGAGUGAAAGCGACGAUUUGAUGAAGCAAGCACUUCAAUUGAAGGAAGAGAAGAAAGAAUUGAUAAGCUUGCAGAAGAAAUUGAGCAAGAUUUAUUCUUAUUAGGCUGCACUGCUGUUGAAGAUUCUCUGCAAGAUGAUGUCCCUCAAACUAUACAAGCACUUCUUUCAGCUGGAAUCAACGUUUGAAUGCUAACUGGUGAUAAGCUAGAAACUGCUGAAAAUAUUGGCAAAACCUGCUCAUUAGUUGAUGAGAACAUGAUUGUCGAAAGAUGUCCAGGAAAUUUAUCUUUAGACGAUUGCUUAGAAUGCAUGAGAUAUAUAAACAGCAGAUUUGAAAGUGAGAAAAAAGACAAGCCCGCAGCUUUAUUAAUAGAAGGUGGAGCGUUAGAAAAGGUGUUAUUCGAUGAAGGGGAUCCCAUUAAAAUAACAAAAUACCCAGAGCUCUCAAAAAGCCAGGUUACGCUUCAAAAAGCCAGAGAAAUAAAGCAGCUGUUUUUAAAAAUGGCACUGGUAUGCAAAACUGUUAUUUGCUGUAGAGUAACACCUGGAGAAAAACGAGAAAUCGUGAAACUUAUGAAAGAUAAUACUGGAAUAAAAACACUUGCGGUAGGAGAUGGUGCUAAUGAUGUUUCAAUGAUUUUGGAAGCCCACAUAGGGGUAGGAAUUUAUGGAGAAGAAGGAAUGCAAGCUGUACAGGCGAGCGAUUAUUCUAUUGGGGAGUUUAAAUUUCUAUGAGAGUUGCUUCUUGUCCAUGGGAGAUUUAACUAUAUAAGGCAAAGUGAGAUGAUUAUGUAUUUUUUCUAUAAAAACUUAGUCUUUACUAUGCCUCACUUUUUCUUUGGGUUUUAUUGUGCAUACAGUGGACAAGCAUUUUAUGAUGACUGAUAUAUCACGUUUUAUAAUCUGAUUUUUACUGCGCUGCCUCUGCUAAUGAGAGCUCUUUUCGAAAGAGACAUAGAAAUCCCAAAAAGAUCAGAAGUGGGACAAACAGCUCAAACUAAAAAAGAUUUAUUAAGACACCUCAUUCCAAAAGUAUAUGAAGUUGGGAGAGAUAAUCGGAUAUUUACUCCUUUCCACUUUUGGACAUGAAAUUUAAUGGGUUAUAUUCACGCAGUUGCUGUUUUCUUUAUCCCUCUAUAUGCAAGUGAAGAAGGCAUUAUGAAUAGCAGAGGCUAUAAUUAUAGCCAGUGGGGUCUAUCUGUGACUUCUUUUUCUUGCAUUAUUUUUGUUGUUAAUUUUAAGCUUGGUCUUCACACAAAACUAUGGUCCAUUUAUCAUUAUAUUGCAAUUCUAGGGACAAGCAUACUCUGCUAUUUCAUUUUUAUUGUAGUUUAUGACCCAUUUACUACUCUUCCAACUGCAAAAACGCUUUAUCAGAUGCUCACCACACAAUAUUACUAUGUUUGCAUUUUAGUUGCAAUUGGCUUUGUUUUUACAUUAGAUUAUGGAGUUCAAAUAUUAAAAAAAGUUCUUUGGCCUUCAGUUUCAGAUAAAAUCAUGAAAUUCUCAAUACAAAUUCGAAAAGAGCAAGAAAAAGACAAUGAUUAG